CACCACGUAGAAGCCAUGGAAGCCAUCAAGAAGAAAAUGCAGAUGCUAAAGCUGGACAAGGAGAAUGCCAUCGACCGGGCUGAACAGGCCGAGGCAGACAGGAAAAUAGCUGAGGACAAGUGCAAGCAAGUGGAAGAGGAGCUGACGCACCUCCAGAGGAAACUGAAGGGCACGGAGGACGAGCUGGACAAGCAGUCGGAGGACCUGAAGGACGCGCAGGAGAAGCUAGAGCUGGCAGAGAAGAAAGCCUCCGAUGCUGAAGGAGAUGUGGCUGCUCUCAACCGCCGCAUCCAGCUGGUGGAGGAGGAGCUGGACCGGGCUCAGGAGCGACUGGCCACAGCCCUGCAGAAGCUGGAGGAGGCCGAGAAGGCUGCGGAUGAGAGCGAGAGAGGCAUGAAGGUGAUAGAGAACCGAGCCAUGAAAGACGAGGAGAAGAUGGAGAUCCAGGAGAUGCAGCUCAAAGAGGCCAAGCACAUCGCCGAGGAGGCUGACCGCAAGUAUGAGGAGGUAGCGCGGAAGCUGGUCAUCCUGGAGGGCGAGCUGGAGAGAGCAGAGGAGCGUGCGGAGGUGUCCGAAUUAAAGUGUGGUGACCUGGAAGAGGAGCUCAAGAACGUCACUAACAACCUCAAGUCACUGGAGGCUGCUUCUGAAAAGUAUUCUGAAAAGGAGGAUAAAUAUGAAGAAGAAAUUAAGCUUCUGUCUGACAAGCUGAAGGAGGCUGAGACCCGAGCUGAGUUUGCAGAGAGGACAGUUUCCAAACUGGAGAAGACAAUCGAUGACCUGGAAGAAAAACUUGCCCAGGCCAAAGAAGAGAAUGUGGGCUUACAUCAGACACUGGACCAGACACUAAACGAACUAAACUGUAUAUAACCCAGAAGAAGAGUCCUGUUCUGAAACCAACUCGACUCCAGACAGUGUGCUGUGUCUUCCUUUCCUCUCUUGUCAGAAGUUCCUCUUGUUACUGUGUCUCCACCUUGCUGGAAAUGCCAAGCAGAUAAUGAAUUCAUGACCAAAUAUUUUGUAUCAGACAAGCUUUGAGCACCAGUUAAGUUUCUUUCCUUUUCCUUUCAAAUGGCACCAGCUUCUUCAGCUACUCUUAUUCUUAAAUUGCAUUUAUUCUUAAAAUAGGCAGGGAAUUUCACACCGAGUGUAGUUGCUUACGGUUGAGAGCGUUUGGUUCCUGGGAGUUAGUCAGCCCCACACUUUGAAGCACAGGCUCAUGUAUCUGAUAGAUCUGAUCGCUGUUGGGGAAGUUAUGGGAGGCUGGGGGUUGUCACAAGAAAAAGUGUGACUAUUUUCCACCCAGAGCAAACAUUAAAAACGGGCUACUGUGGGAAGUAAAGCCAUAGCGAGAUUAGCCCAGUCAUGCCGAGUUGGCUCCACAUUCCACUGUGCAGGACAAACUUCCUGUAAGCAUUCCAUGAGGAUGCCGGAGUGAUUGCCCAUGUGUUUUCUGAUCGAUCCUUGAUGCUGUCCCAUGCAUAUUUUCCUUUCUCUCCAAAAUUGUCCUCUGAGGAGCAAGUGUCCUAUUCCAGGGCUUGUCUGCUGUGGUCUAAUGACAUGCUCACAAGGGAACAUGGCAGAGUCCAGUCCUUUCCAGAUCAGUCAUGUCAAAGACGGCUAGCAAAGCCAGGCACAGUGAUGCUCAUCCUUAAUCCCAGCACUUGGGAGACAGAGACGGUACGUCUCUGUGAGUUUAAGGCUGGCCUAGUCUACAGAGUGAGUUCCUGAGCUACACAGUGAGAUUCUGCCUCAAACAAAAAGAUUGCUAGCCACGAAUAUAUUGAGCAGACAUUUUAACAAAUGUUGGGCAACAAAAAGUGUCUCCAGCAAAAUGAUAGAAAAAGAAAUUGGUUUAACUUCAUCUCCAUUGUUCAGGGAACAACAAAUAGAAGCUUGACUUUGCCAAGACUUGAAUCCCUUCGGGAAUGACACUAAUGAAAGACCAAGCAACUCCUGACUGAACUGGAUGUGGAGUAUUCUGUAGGCUGCACAUUUUUGGCUUUGUUGUAGUUUUGCUUUCUCAGUUAACAUCUCAGACUGAAACAUUCCACAUUCCCUAGCAGUGUGGGGACAACUCAAGUUUACAAUUCCAACUGAAAAACCGCCCUGCUUCUAGCUUAGCUGAACCCCUGUCCCUCACUCCUAUUUAUUAAGCAUCACACUACCAGGGAGAUGAACUUUUAGCAAACUGUGCAAUUGAAUAAAACCUACUCUAUUCUUUAGAUUCUUGCAGUUGUAUCAUAUGUGAUAAUAUCACUUUUUCUACAUUUUGGUCAAAUAAAUUUUUACAUAAACAAUGUG